CUGCGAGUCAUACUCUAUUUGUCCUCACUCAAGGCUUCAAACGAACGCUUCAUUACUGUCACAGAUGACCGCCACGGAUUCCGAACUAGAGCCUCUCGAUCCUGCAUAUGUGGCAGAUGUGCUUUCCAGACCUCCUUUUGUCCAGAUCCCAGGCGUGUGCAACGUUCGCGAUCUAGGUUCAUAUCCUACUGCGACUCCAGACGUAGUCACAAAGCCUGGUUAUGCCUAUCGUUCAGCAGAGCUCUCCAGCAUCACCGAAGAAGGUGCACGGAAAAUGGUCUCGCUCGGAAUCUUAACCGUUUUUGAUCUACGAUCAGAUCCGGAGAUGAUGAAGUAUAGCUCUCCGAUACCUACCAUUGAGGGUGUAGACGUAAUCCCCACGCCUGUGUUCAAGAACGAGGAUUACAGUCCAGAGAAGCUUGCCAAGAAGUUUGAACUCUACGCAACCGGAACAACAGAGUCUUUUAUGAUCCUUUACUCCCAAAUACUAGAACAUGGCGGGCCCGCAUUUGGUACCAUUCUGCGCCAUGUCCGGGACAAACCAAAGUCUCCUUUCAUCUUUCACUGCACGGCUGGGAAAGAUCGAACAGGAGUCAUCGCUGCCAUCCUUCUCAAGCUAGCAGGCGUGGACAAUCACUUUAUCUCACAAGAUUAUUCCCUUACACGAGUAGGACGCGAACCAGACCGCGCAAAGGUCCUAGGAAGACUCUCGAAGGAGCCAUUGUUCGCUGCCAACUCUGAAGCUGCAAUGCGCAUGCUGACAUCUCGAUACGAGACCAUGCGAGCCUUCUUCAAUCUCUUGGAGGAGAAGUAUGGCGGCGUAGAGACGUAUGUCAAGACCUAUACCGAGCUAACAGACCAAGACCUGAAAACCAUUCGUUCAAACCUCGUCGUCACAACAAAGUCUCGGAUGUAGAUAUCUUAAUCUCUUAUCACUUACUUUACGUCAUACGACUGACGCCCAUCACCACUGCCCAUCAUUGAUUUAUCAUGUUAUCCACCAUUAAA